AUGGCGAACUACCGAGAGGCGCCCUUGGCUACACGGCCAAAAACAUUAGACCCAAAUGAAUAUUUUAAUCUUUCUCCGGAGUAUCGAAGGGCCGAGGAGGCCAGGGCGGCAAUACGGGCGAAUUUGAAGAGGCAGUACCAAGUGCAACUCAACAACCCGCAUAGAAAGGAGCUCAUUGAAGAUCCCGCCCUGACACGCUGGGUCUUCGCCCGUGGCAACCCCUACCCACACUUCAGGCCCACCCCCAAGACGUCACUGAUGGGUGCCAUGUUUGGGGUUUUUCCACUCUUCCUCUUCUAUUAUCUCUUCAAGACUGACCGAGAUAGGCGAGAGCAGCAAAUUAAAGAUGGAACUCUGGUACGCAAGUUCAGUAUGUCAUCGUAA